AUCAAGUUCAUCUUCUAGAUGCGGAACUGUCUUUCCUUCAACCCAGCCUCUCCGGAGGUCUCUCUCGGCGACGACCCUCUUCCCCAUCCGUCCAUAGAGAGUGGUGAGGCCUCCACUUCCAGAAACGACGCUUCUAUUCAAUCUCCCACGUUUAACCUCAGCCGCGAGUUGGCUCAUGCUUUUCAAACCCCUUCAUACCACGACGUACGUUCAAGGGUUCACGUGGUUGUUGACCCUACACAACAUCAUCAUCAGUACAUCCAACCAGAUAUUGAGCUGCUUAUUUCUCAAGUGCUCCAACCAAACAAAGAAUGUGUUCAAGAAGCUAUUAGACACUUCAAGCAAACUACACUUACCCAUCUCGUUUCCACUUACUUCCAACACAGCGAAAACGCUACCCGCCUUUGCUUGAAUCUUUACCAAAACGUCCACAGUGCUCGCCACCACCUCUACACACCUCUCUUAGACCUCUUCAACAGCUUUCCCGGUGAUACACACGCCGCCAUUGACGAGUCCCUAUGUAACCUGGCAUUCGACGUUUUCCUUAAGCUUGACACGUUUGAAAACCCUUUCUCAUCUCCUGAAUCUCACAGCUUUCAAGACACCCAACUAUGCUUCUCCCAGCUGAAGAAUAAUCUGGACAGACGUCUUCGCAAGUCUAGGUCACGGGUCCGCCUCAUCCACCAUGCCACAGCUGGUUCUGCCUUAUGUCUUGAUGCUGCUGUUGUUGCGGUUGCUGCUUCUGCAGCUGUUAUUGCCUCUCAUGCACUUCCCAUUCUUGUUGUUGUUGCAGGUCCCUUGUGCAGUCCCUAUCUUCCUCACAGUUUCAAGAGGAAGGAGUUAACUAACAUUUGUCAACUCAAUGCUGCUUCCAAGGGUACUUUUGUGCUCAACAAAGAUCUUGACACCAUUGACCGUCUUGUCUCCCGUUUGCACAGUGGGAUUGAAUACGACAAGCAUUUAAUUCGGCUUGGAUUAGAGAGGGGGAGGGACCUGCAUUCAAUUCAAGAGAUUGUGAAACAGCUUCGCAAAAACAACCUUAACCUCACCCAUCAACUCAAGGAUCUUGAAGAUCAUAUAUGUCUUUGGUUCACUAACGUUAACAAAGCUAGAUCGUUGCUCCUUAAAGAGAUCCAUCUUCCUCGAACAGAGAACAAAUUAAAGUAUCCUGAGCUUUAUGCUAGAGGACAACGGGACGGAGGUGAAAUAUACAUAGAAGUUGAGCUACCUGUAGCUGGGAACAGAGACUCUUCAUAGCAUUCCUUAAAAAUUGUUCUUAGACUUGCAUGCCUUAAGCAGUAGUAGUUCGAUACUGGAUGUUGUAUUCGUUCAUAUCAUCAUAUCGGGCAAUUAUUUUGGUGGAUUAA